AAAGGGAUUGCUUCCAAAGAAAAUGCUUGGAUUGCCGCGAGAAAACCUCGCAGCUGAGGUGCCCAGCAGAAACAUAUCCGACUCCAGCAAUGGCUUGGGACAGUUCAUCUAGUUCAGACGAGCCACUCCAGCAAAGAGCAUCUCGAAGGAUCUUAUCAGGCAGAACGCCUCGACAAAUCCCUCUUCUAGCAGAUUCUUCUGAUGAAGAAAUCGCUUCAGUGUCUCCAAAAAUCGUGAAGCCAAGAGAAGGCGAAAAGGCGGAACAGGAUGCAAAAAGCGAAACCGGAGAUAGCAGAGAUAGCUCACCUGCAAAAGAACUCUCACUAGCGAAGUUCGCCCCAGAGAAGCCAGAGAAUGUGGAGAGCAACGUUGCUGACGUUGCUCCAGCCGACACUUCCCUGGUGGAUAGCAACAGUGAGCGCAGCGAGUCCAAGAGUGUGGUCAGGACGGGCUGGCGCUUCAAAGCCCAAGACAGAGCUGUGGACUCCGAGGGAAACUGCGCGGACAGGUCAAAAAGUCCACGUAGUCCAGGGCGACGAGCUGCUCGCUGGAAUAGUCAGGCCAUGAAGAUUCAAGAGACCUCAGAAACGCAGGUUUUUGAACGGCUCUACAACGAUUUCCUGCAAAAGACGCAGGUUGAGAAGUUGGCGUCAAAAGAGCCGAGGGUCAAGGAGUCAGAAGGGCAGGUUUUUGACAGGCUGUAUGAGGACGCUCUCGUCAAAAGGCACAAAAGAGAGGCUGCCGAGAAGCGCGAAGCCAAAGAGAAAGAAGAAGAGCAGCAACUUCUCCGACUCCAGGCUCCUGAGGAGCAAGUGAUGGCCAUGUGCCAGCGGCUCUAUGAUAGGCGAAAGGUGAAAGAGACGACAGCUUUGGAGCCUCCAAAACUACAGGAUCCAGCUGAUGCCCUUGAGACCAACAGGAAACUGCAUUCUUUUGUCCAGCACCAAAGUGUUUGGAAUGCCAACCGCGUCGCCAGGGCAGAGGCCGAGCGUGUCAAACAAUUGGAUUCGGAACGUAGGUAUUUGGAGGAGAACAGUAUUCAUCGAUCCUUGACGCCCGUCCAUGGCUGCUAUGAUCGGCUUUACAAGGACUUUGACAAGCGGGCAGCCCGUUUGGAAAAGCUACGGAAUGCUCAGCAAAGUGAGGAUCGGAUGACCCCUAAAAGCUCCCCAAGGCCCGGCGUGGACACCACAGAGGUUUCUACACGUCUCCACGGUCACUUUGAGGAGAGGAAGAAUCGUUUGGAUCAGAAGCGGAAAGAACAGGAGGAAUACAUCCGUUGGCGCUCGCAAGAUCCUCGCUCGGUUCGUUCAGCUCGGUCUCAAAGUCCCAGAACUCCCUCUACUGCAACUGCCUUGUCACAAACCUCGAGCGAAAGCACCUGGAGAACUCGACCAGGAACACCCAGAGGCAACUCGCGCUCUGUCACCCCUGACAAGUCAAGAUCUCCUCGGAAUGCUGCGAGGGCAGGUGCCAACAGUGCCAACCAGGGCAGCAAAGAGGCGAAGCCAGAACUUGAAGCCCCGCGAAAGCCACCACAGCCACAACCAGAUCCGCAAGACCAACCGACAGAGGCGAAGGCAAAGUCAGAGAAGUCGGAGACGAGUCUCCGCGCAGAGGUGGAGGUGAGCAUAAUUUCUGCCAGAGGGGCUAUUCUUAUGGAGACGAAAGAUGAUUCCUGGACUUGCUCUGUCGAGGUGGGCGCAGCAGCGAAACCCAAGAAGAUCAUUUUGCAAACGGAGCAGCAGAUGGGCCGAAGCCCUGUGUGGGAUUCCAAAGCCCAAGCGACCUUGUUCCAGCCCGAUGUCCUUCAGUUCAAGAUAUGCAACGCGGUUGGGUGCAUGGCGCAAACCUCGUUGAGUGUGGCAUCCAUCCUCAUGAUUUGCUAUUCUGGCUUUGAUGGAGAGCUCAAGCUACAGCCAACGUCACCGGUGGCGAAGCGGGGCGACGAAGACGAAGACGAAGAUGAUGCGACUUAUCUUCACGUUUCGAUGCGGGUUCUGGUCGUCACAGAAAAGCGGCAGAUCCCAGACUGUGACGUGGAAAAGAUCCCGGAAGAAAGCGAAAAAAAUGCAGAAAGUGCACCUCAUUCGCAUCGCAAAGUGCAUCCCCACGAAGGCUACAAGGCCAAACCCUAUGGCAUUGUCACGGAGCAGAUGCGUCGUCAAACGGAUAGAAUGAAGGACAGAACGAAGCCAGGCAUGUCUUUAAAGUCUUCAAAAUCGUCAACGGUUGGCACUGCAUUUCGCUCUGCCGCACCUGGCGGUCGGCAGUCUCAGGAGGCACCCAACGCACGCGGCGCAUCACGGAAACCACUUGUGCAAAGCGCCCCGAAGGGCCCGAACGGCCCGCAGACCCCCAAGAGGAAGGAGACCAGCAAUGCGGGCAAAGACCAACAGCCCCAAGACAGCAAAAUACAAGUGCCCACGGAAGAACAUAAAGUACAACCAGACCAACAUCACCAACCACGAAAGCUGCGACAAAGGUCUAGGAUUCGAACCAUGCGGAGCGUUUCAUUUGACAGGAGCACCAGGAGCACUCCGGGUGACAGCUAUGAAGUUGAGAUUCUUAUCACAGAACCCUUCCUGACCGUCAACAUCGAGGACGAGUUCCUGCCAAGACAUUUAAGACGUGAAAUGACUUGAGAUUACUUGAGAUGACUUGAGAAUCUUGAGAGCACUGGAGCUGUUAACGAAUCCAGCUGACCCAGCUGACCCUGACCAUCACUGUAUGAUUUCAAGUUUGGGAGUGUCGACGUAAUGUUUGUUUC